ACAUGUGGAUACUCAUAUACUAAUAUUAACCAAAGAGGAGUGUGCAAAUAAUAAAAGAAAGGAGAGAAAUUUGACAUCGAAUGGGGUUUGAGUAUAGAUGCUGUGGAGCUGGGUUCUGGAGUCGGGUCGCAGUUGUGGCUUUUCUAGUAUUGUUUGCUGGGAUGAUGUCUGGACUUACGUUAGGACUCAUGUCUAUGAGCCUUGUUGAUCUUGAGGUUCUCGCCAAGUCUGGAACGCCUAAUGAUCGUAAACAUGCAAUAAAAAUAUUGCCGGUUGUUAAGAGACAGCAUCUGUUGCUUUGUACCUUACUAAUCUGCAAUGCUGCUGCAAUGGAGGCACUCCCUGUAUUUUUGGAUAGUUUGGUAUCAGCUUGGGGUGCCAUUCUUAUCUCAGUGACCUUGAUACUGUUCUUUGGUGAGAUUAUACCCCAAGCUAUUUGUUCUCGCUAUGGUUUGGCAAUCGGUGCAGCGUUGGCUCCAGUUGUCCAAGUUCUCGUCAUGAUUUGCUUUCCUAUUGCAUAUCCAAUAAGCAAGCUACUGGACUAUUUGCUCGGGAAAGGAGACAUGUCUCUUUUCCGCCGAUCUGAGCUGGAGACGCUUGUUGACUUUCAUGGCAAUGAGGCUGGGAAAGGAGGAGAGCUAACUCGCGACGAAACAACGAUCAUUGCAGGGGCGCUUCAACUCACAGGGAAAACCGCAAGGGAUGCAAUGACUCCCAUAUCAGAAACGUUUUCUGUUGAUAUAAAUGCUAAAUUUGAUAGGGCUCUGAUGAGGUUAAUUUUGGAGCAGGGGCAUAGCAGAGUGCCAGUCUAUCAUGAGCAACCAAGAAACAUUAUUGGACUUGUAUUGGUAAAAAACUUAUUAACUGUCCAUCCAGAAGAUGAGGUUCCUGUGAAGAAUGUCACUAUUCGCAAAAUCCCCAGGGUUUCAGAGUCAAUGCCUCUAUAUGACAUACUAAAUGAGUUUCAGAAAGGUCAUAGCCAUAUGGCUGUGGUCAUAAGAGAGGGCAGUGACGCUAAGCAAUUAGCUGGUGAAAAUGCAACUCAUGUGAGAGACGUGAGGGUCGACAUUGAUGGUGAAAGGCACCCACCGAAGAUAUGUUUGAAGAACAAAGGGAUCAAGAAAUCGAAGAGUAGUUUGUCUAGUGAAGAAAAGUUCGAGAGGGAAGCCUACAAGAGCAAGAGAUGGUCAAAUGGAGUCCACUCUGAAGUCCUGCACAUUGAUGACAACCCACUCCCGGUGCUUACCCAAGGGGAGGCUGUUGGCAUAAUAACACUCGAAGAUGUCAUUGAAGAGAUACUACAAGAGGAGAUUUUUGACGAGACAGACUAUCGUUACGAGUGCCAUCAUUGACUUGAAAACCUUCCAUGACCACGCACGCACCCUGUUGUGAUGGUGCAUCAAAUCAAAGAGGACUAGUGAGUUCGAUACUGGGACUUUGCAGGAGAGCUUGUUAACAGAACUAAGAGGUGGUAGCUUCUCCUAAUCUAUAACAAAAUUAAGAGGGAGAUCAAACAAUGUUCCAGAAGAAUCAGGACUCUAUUUGUUUAAAAUAUAUAUUGUUUGUUAGAGAAUAAUAUAAAUUAUAUUUUAGAUUUUAUUUAAAAAUUUAAAAUAUUGAGUUGAA